UCCAGGAUCAGGCUGUGGGCCAAGGGCAGGCACCAAACCACUGAGCCACCCAGGCAUCCCACUUUAAAAUUUUUGUUCAAAAACUUUAAUGCCAAGGCUCAGAACAGGAAGCCACCCCUAGUCAUAGAGCUGGUCGACCUGCCUCAUUCUUUUCCUCAUGAGCAUUAAUAGUAACCACUUUUUACUGAGCAGCUACUAUGGGCUGGGCCCUGUGUUCAGAGCUUUGCAUGCACAACCUCUUUGAAUCCUGGGUUCCAGCACCAAGAAGUGAGGACAUGGAGGCUAAGAGAGGAGAUAAGCUUUGCCUACAGCCAGUGAGGAGCGGAGACCAGGCUCAGAAGCUCCGGGCCGGCAGAUCACCAGCAGGCAAGAGACACCUCAGACUUUGGCUCCUUCAGGCUUCCUUCCCAGGGCUGGCCUGUGAGGAGCCAGGCCUCGGGCUGGUCUCUUUCCCCCACCCAGCAACCUCCCCUCAGGGGAAUUGUGGCCACAGGUGCAGGGAGCGGUUUCUCUCCACUCCGGGCCUGAAGCACAGUGACAGGGGCUGCCCCCCCUCCUCCAGCCCACAGCUGAAGGGGCCCAGCCGUGGGGCCAUUGGAGCCCAUCUCCGGCAGGGCUGGGCAGGAAGUGGGGCGGGGUUUCGGGGCAGCCGAGGUGGAAUCUGGUACCCCAGGACUGCUGCUCCCCAGACCAACCACCCCACUGGGAAAGAUGCCUGGGGGUCCCGGACUCCUCCAAGCGCUGUGUGCCACCACCUUUCUCCUCUUCCUAAUCUCUGCUGGUGGCCUGGGCCCCGGGAGCCAGGCCCUGUGGGUGGACGGGGGCCCCCCAUCGAUGACGGUGAGCCUGGGGGAAACAGCCCGCCUCCAGUGCCUGCAUAACCGCAGCAGGCUGUCCAGCAAGCUCAACAUCACGUGGUGGCGCGUCCUCCAAGGCAACGCCACCUGGCCCGACAUCUUCCUGAGCUACGGCAAAGGCCCCAAUGGCGAGCUGACCAUCGACACUGUGAACAAGAGCCACAUGGGCAUGUACAGAUGCCAGGUGGAGGAGAAAGAUCUCAACCAAAAAGUCCUCAGCUCCCAGCAGUCCUGCGGCACCUACCUCCGCGUGCGCGAGCGGCUCCCCAGACCCUUCCUGGACAUGGGAGAGGGUACCAAGAACAACAUCAUCACAGCCGAGGGCAUCAUCCUGCUGUUCUGCGCCGUGGUGCCUGGGACCCUGCUGCUGUUCAGGAAACGAUGGCAAAAUAUGAAGUUUGGGGUGGACGCCCAGGAUGACUAUGAAGAUGAAAACCUUUAUGAGGGCCUGAAUCUGGAUGACUGCUCCAUGUACGAGGACAUCUCCCGGGGCCUCCAGGGCACCUACCAGGACGUGGGAAGCCUCCACAUUGGAGACGGGGAUGUCCAGCUGGAGAAGCCGUGACCCUGCAGGGUGACCCUGUGGGCUGCCCUCUCCUGCUGUGUUGCCAGCUCUGGUGUCCCCCCACCCCUUCCUGUUCUCUUUUCAUAAUCUUUCCUGGAAGUGUCCUGACUCAACUUCUCCCUUGAGGGUGUAUGCUCUUCUUCCCUUUAGACUGUCCUCAUCCCCUCCCCAUGCCCCAAUUCAGCCUCCUCCUGCUGCUUUUCCCAGCCAACCCCCCCAACACCCAGCGGGUAAUGAGCCCUUAAUCGCUGCCUCUAGGGGAGCUGAUUGUAGAGCCUCGUUAGUGUCACCUCCCCCUCCCUGCUCUGUCAUGGCCACUUAGUGAUAAUAAA